AGUUUAUGACAGUGUUGCACAAUCGCGUCCGAUAGCAGUGUAGUGGUAUUUAGCCUUGGAAGGGUUAUUCUAACGUUAUUAGGUGGGCAACAUUUGAGAUUGGAUUCAGGAUGGCAGGGAGGCAUUAUUAUCGUAAUCUGAGGGUGGAAAACAUUGGUCCCAGUGGAGUAUCCUGAGGUGGGUAAGGUAAGAGAGCUGGUGCUCUACUAACUGUGAUGAAGAGACAGAGAUCCUGGGGGGACAGGGAGCUCCUGGGAUGCAACACAGACAACAGUGAACAGGAUGAGUCCUCAUCUCUGAGGUCAUAUUGGUCCUUGGCGGACACCAUGAACUACGUGGGCCAGCUGGCAGGUCAGGUGCUGGUAACUGUCAAAGAACUGUACAAGGGCAUUAAUCAGGCCACGUUGUCGGGCUGCAUUGAUGUUGUGGUUGUCCGCCAGAGAGAUGGCACCUACCAGUGCUCACCAUUCCAUGUGCGCUUUGGCAAGCUGGGUGUACUCCGCUCCAAAGAGAAAGUGAUUGACAUCGAAGUGAAUGGAGAGCCGGUAGAGCUGCACAUGAAGCUUGGUGACAAUGGAGAGGCCUUUUUUGUCCAGGAAUCUGAGCAGCUGAAUCAGAUUGUCCCUGCCCACCUGGCCACCUCUCCAAUCCCCACCGAGAGUCACCUGUUCUGGAUCUCAGAGGUUGAGCACAGGGCACCGAAAGAUCUGGAGGAUGACCCCGCUGACCCCGAGGACCCACCCGAGCUCCCUGCUCCGAACACCAUGUCCACAAAAAAGAAGAAGAGACGGAAGAAGAAGCACAAAGGAGACCCCCGAAGAGAGGAGCUGACCCCGCCCAUGUCAGUGACGACGGGUAAUGCUAUUGCUGCUAACGCACCUGCUGCUACGACUGCUGCUAUGUCCAGCACUGGGCAAAAUGAAGAGAUCUUUGAGAUGGACAUGAGCUCUGACGAGGAAGCUGCAGCACAUGUCUCGAGGUCACCUUCAGUGACCACAAUGCGAGACAUUGACCCCAAAUUACCCGCAGCCAGACACAGCCUCGAUGGUUAUCCACUGUCUGAUGGGGACUGGCCGUCAAAUGACAGUCAUGGCUUGUCUCAGGCCUUUUCCCCAAAGAGUGACUCUGAACUUAUGGUCAGGCCCUCAGAGUGUUUGCUCAGAGCGGAGUCCCACAUGCAGUGGACCUGGGGGGAGUUUCCAGAAACAACCAGGGUCACCAAAAAAGAAAAACCAGAACUACUAAAAACAGUGACCAUCACCCCAUCAGAGAACACCCACUUCCGCGUCAUCCUCAGCUCUGAGGCCAUGGAGAACGACACUGAGAUUGAAAGGGGAGGUGGUGCCUCCUCUUCCGUGUGUACCAUCGUCAAGCCCGAGCCACGCACCCCUAUCACCACUGUAACACCCGUGAUUCCUCUCACAUCUGUUGACACCAUUACAUCUAUGAGUCCUGUAACCCCCACAGAGCCCCUGGAUGUCCUGCCACCCAGUGUGGCAACCUCCACCCCUUACAACAGUCAACAGAGCGAUUCACCCUCUAAGAAGAAAGGUGUCCCAAAGAGGAGCCAGCAUCAGGGUCCCGAGGAUAUCUACCUAGAUGACCUGAAUGUACUUGAACCUGAUGUUGCUGCACGAUAUUUUCCUAAGAGUGAGUCUGAGGCAGCGACAAAGCACUGGAUGGACUCAGAGAUGCACUCUGGUUCCCAGUCUCCACAGUCAGUGGGCAGUGCAGCAGCUGACAGCGGGACAGAGUGUCUUUCUGACUCGGCUAGUGACCUCCCCGAUGUCACUCUUUCUCUGUGUGGAGGCCUCACAGAAAAUGCUGAAAUAUCCAAAGAAAGGUUCAUGGAGCAUAUCAUCACCUAUCUGGAAUUUGCUGAAAAUCCAGCAAUAAUAGAUAACCCCAACCUGGUAGUAAAGAUAGGAAAUAGAUAUUAUAAUUGGACACUAGCUGCACCCUUGAUCCUAAGUCUACAAGCAUUUCAGAAGAACUUACCAAAGGCUACAGAGGAGGCCUGGGUGAAGGAGAAAAUGCCAAAGAAGUCAGGCCGCUGGUGGUUCUGGCGAAAAAGGGCAGAUAGUACAAUCAAGCAGUCUGAGACUAAGCUUGAAACCAAGGAGGAGUCUCAACUGGAGGAGGAAGGACCCUCCAUGUCUCAGGAGAAACUGCCCUUACAGCCUAAAGCAGGAGACUCGUCCAGUGAUGAAGAGGCCAAGGAGGUGAGCGCUGCAUCCUGUCAGGAGAGACUGCAGUCAGUAGAUAGUCAGCACCACACCAGCCCACACACUUACAGGAAGUCACUACGCCUCUCCUCUGAUCAGAUAGCCAGUCUGAAACUGAAGGAGGGACCUAAUGAUGUGACCUUUAGCAUCACCACCCAAUACCAGGGCACAUGCCGCUGCGAGGGCACCAUCUACCUGUGGAACUGGGACGACAAAGUCAUUAUCUCUGACAUUGAUGGCACCAUCACCAAGUCAGAUGUGUUUGGACAGAUCCUGCCACAGUUGGGGAAGGACUGGACCCACCAGGGCAUUGCCAAGCUCUACCACUCAGUAGCUGAGAACGGCUACAAAUUCUUGUACUGUUCAGCGCGGGCUAUUGGCAUGGCUGACAUGACAAGAGGUUACCUGCAGUGGGUCAAUGAUGGAGGCACCAUUCUACCCCGGGGACCUCUAAUGCUGUCUCCCAGCAGCCUCUUCUCUGCCUUCCACAGGGAGGUCAUUGAGAAGAAACCAGAGAUCUUCAAGAUUGAAUGCCUUACAGAUAUCAAGAACCUGUUCCAGCAUAACAAGCAGCCAUUCUACGCCGCCUUUGGGAACAGAGCUAAUGAUGUGUUUGCCUAUAAGGAGGUGGGAGUUCCAGUGUGUAGGAUCUUCACAGUCAACCCCAAGGGAGAGCUGAUCCAGGAGCAGACCAAGGGCAACAAGUCCUCUUACAGCAGGCUUAGUGAGCUGGUGGAGCAUGUGUUCCCUCUGUUGAGUAAAGAGCAGAACGAGGCCUUUGUCUUGCCGGAGUUCAGCUCUUUCUGUUACUGGAGACAGCCCAUACCAGACAUCAACCCUGAUGAACUGCUCUAAUCCAGCACAUAUGGAUGCCCAGGUGCUCAUAUACAUGCAAUUGGACUGUGCACUUGAAUGCAUCUCCAGGAAACACAUGGAUUGAAACCCAAACUUUCCUAUAUAGCACUCAUAUGCACACACAGUGUCAGGGUUAUGACCAUAAAACACACACACAAAAAAAUGGUGAACAGUAAUUACCCAUUCAAGAGGAAUGGGAAAUUACGAAGUUAUCUCCAGAAUUUUACCCCAGUGAGCACUCUAGUCCCCAUCAAAGUACUGGGAUAAAUAUCAGAGACUAAUCCUUUCACUUGGUAACUUCUAGCAGGGAAGCGAAUGAAGCCCCACACCAGGCACUAGCCCCUUAGCACCAGAGUCUGUGCUGCGCAGAAGGGAAAGACAUUGUUUUUAUUGAAUCAAGUUUUUCCACAUUUAUCGAACGCCCUGAAGAAGUGAAUGUUCAAAGCGACAACAACAACAAAAAGACACACAGGGUAGGCAUUUAACACUGGCCACUGGUCACAUGCCGGUAAUAUUUAGCUGUGGCUGCUAUGUUUACCUAGACACAGGUAUCCAGUCUUUAUUCGGUUCUAAAACAUGAAGUAAAACAGUGGUUAAUGGCUGGAGAGUAACUGCUGCACCACCUAUGAACCGUAGACUGCAGUUAGUUACUGUAGGUGUUCAGUUUUGUUCCUGACUCUCUCGACUCUGGACUGAAGUUCAGUUCUGCUGCUGGAGCAGCUUUCAGAUCGCCACUUUAUCCUUGGAGAGCUUAUGAGUCAUGUUUGGUAUUGUUAAUAUUCAUGGUCAUAGCAGGGAUAUUCGUUUGCCAACAAGUAUGUGAAGAUACACAUUUAGGUGUGACUUAAAAACAAUAUGAAGCAGCUUCAUGGUAUAUUGUCUCGCUGUUAUUUUAACAUGAUUAUUGUGUUAUACAAGCUCUGGCAAAAUCAAGUGCGUUUUGUUAACAAUGCAGUCAUUAUUUAAGAUAAUUGGUAUGUUUUUAAGUUAUUGAUUUCUAUCGUGAUUGCCUUUGCUUGUCUGAAAAAGUAAUUUAUCGCCAAUGAAAUGUGGAUAUACUUCAAAUUGGUAUUUUGUAUGGUUGGUCAUACUGUAGGUUAACAUGCUCCUAACCGUAACUGCUAGGCCUUGUGUACAAUCUUUUUUUCUUUUUAGCCUUGUAUCCCAUUUUCACAACGAUUUUGUAUUCCUUGUUUUACAGUGAAACUUUCAACAUGUAAGGUCUAAACACAUUCCUCAACCUCAUAAUCCACAGCUUUAGUAUUAAAAUAUUCAUUUAAAUGUAAAUGAUAGCACUCAAACUGGAACAGUGGAAAUAAGCAGAUCUGGAGAGAAGGCUUAAAAUGAAGGAUUUUUGGUUCGCAAGGUCCUCUGUAGGACUAUGGGAAGAUGCAAGUUUGUCUGUGCGCGCAUGCAUACCUAAUCACUGAGUGCUGCUGCUGUUGGGGUGACAGGAUUCAUUCACGCUUUUCUUAUGUUCCCUCAGUGGCUUUGCCGAGACUUAUCCUACGCACUUUGUCUAAGCUGCACUCAGAACACUUCUCCCCACAAGCACUUCACUGAAGGUCUCUAUAGACAUCAGACCAGAGUAUGCAAUUAAUGCAGAAUGGAAGAGUUCUAGUUUUACCUCUUUGUUGUGUGAGUGACA